AUGCCACAUUUCUGGGCAGACAAACCAUUUAAAGACUUUCUAUCUCAAGCAAUCAAAAGAGAAAACCGUGCUGCUGCCGACACCUCCAACACAACAAAAGCAGAAGUACCAACAGAGGUCAUAAGUAUCGAUGUGGUGGCCAUCAGUGAAACCAGACUCUCCAACCGACAAAUGUUCAUGCCCAUUUUCGGUGGAUACCAGAUCUAUUUAUCUCCAUGUCAACCAGAGAUGGAAGGGGGACCUACCAUGUUGUUCCUGAGAGGCCUGGAUCUCAAGAUAAGGACUAUCUUCCUGGACCCAGAAGAACCGCAGUCAAUCAAACCAAGCGCGGCAGCCACUGUCAUGGACUGCUUAAUUUGCACGUGGAAAUGGUUUCUAUUCGUGUUAUUUCUUCAUCAAAUUUUAUCACAAGUCACCAAUGACACAAAUAGCACCACUUCAUCAAUUACAACACUUAGUUCUGUUACUAAAAGGGCUGUUACAAAGGCAGAGACCACGUCCGUUACGAAAGCACCGUUGCCAACGCAACCGCCGACCGACAUUCCACCAAAUACAGAUAUUGGAUCCUGUCCUUGUGAUCUGACUGCCCAUGGCUGUGAUGUAAACUGUUGCUGUGAUUCUGACUGUUCUUCAGAUGACCAACAGGCUUUUUCUCAUUGCAUAGCUUUUAAUCCUAUAAUUGAUGACCGGUUGUGCUUUCCUGAAAACCUUAUGACAGUUAAUGUCUAUUUUAAAACCAAUGUUUCUGAUGAUGGGAUCCUCUGUAUUUAUUACGACAACAAAGCUGAACGAAACUUUUACAAAAAUCCCAAGCUUGUUACCACUGAAGAAAUGUUCUUGGAGUAUGAAAAAAGAUAUUCAGGUCCAUCGUAUAAGGUACAAGAACCGAAAGCACCUACAUUUGGAGACUUUUACAAAAGUGGUAACAGCAUUUAUAUAUUGGGUUCUGACUAUGUAGCCGGUUAUUUCACUCUACCAACUACACUGGCUACAGGAUUUUGUGUUGACAACAACCCUGCUGCUUAUUUAGUUGACAAAACACAACAGUGUGUCAGAGAUCUGAAAAGUUUGGAUGAAGAAUGUGAGAUUUCUCCAAGAAUCUCUGCUUACUCUUAUUUUGAAGACUUCAAGAUUGUUGUAACACCAAAGGUUUUCGAAGAAUCGUUUUUGAAAAUGUUAUUGAAUAAAACUGCAGAUACAUUCGACUCUGGAAGCAAGUCAGCUAAUCAGUUGGGUUUGGACUUAUACAACAGCAAUUAUACAAUUGCCAUAUCCAAUGUCACCUUGUGCAGUGAAUCUGGUUGCUUUGAUCCAUCAGAAUUCAACAGCUCUGCUAAUCAGUUUGCUCCUAUGUUAUCUGGUUCCAGGUGCACAAAUGUUGUCAACAAGGUUGUUUAUCGUUUCAUACACAAUGGUACCUAUGGUAUUAUUUCAGUCCGUGUGACUCUAAAUUUGAUUGAUUUAACACAAUCUGAUUUACCUUUUACUCAAACGUUUACCACAGAAUUUCAUGAGUUGGCGGCAGAAGACGAUACAUAUUUCAGGAGGAGUGGUAACCCUGGUUACCUAAAGGGUGAACCAUUAUUAGCUGGAACUAAAAUUAAUUUGCCAACAGGACGUUCCAUAAUUAACUUAAGCUCUGAUCGAACCAAUUGGCUUACAAUUCCACAACCUUCACCCGAUGGUUCCUGUUCUGGUAAAAACCGAGUGCCUGUUAAUUUUGGUGUUGAUAUGCGAUCUGGUUGUUCCUUAAAAUUAAAACUGUCUGACCUCAGUUUUGAAGCACCAGACCAAUGCACCCAAGUUGUUACAGGAAUGCAGAUACAAGUGUUAUAUGCUAAAAUUGGAUCCAUUAGAAAUCCUCAGCCAAAGAUUAUUGGGGUUUCUUUCACCUAUGAAAAACCAAAGACAAUAUCAUUACAGUGUAAUAACCUCAUAUGUGAUCCAACAAACUACGACAAAGAGUACACGAUUGAACUGGUAACAUCUGUAGCAUUUCAAGAUGUUUCUGAGCCAGCUUUAAAGUAUUUUACAAGACCUCCCCCACAAGAGAGUGGAUUACCAUAUGAUUUCUUCUAUCCUUUUUAUUCAAGCGGUUCAGUAAAGAACUACGAGCAACACUCAACAAUAUAUUUUACAAUAUUUGCCAUAUUUCAAAUGUUUCUUUUGCUAUGAAAAUUGUCCUACAAAUCUAGGUUUAUCUUCAAGAAAACAUUCUUGGACAUCUUAUUUUUGUCUUUUUAGACAUUCCCUCCAUAAUUCAGCACAAAAUUCUAUAAUUUCAUUCCAUCUCAUUAGGUGCUGGACCCAAACAACCUGCUGUAUAUAAUGAAUUGUUUAAGGGCAGAAAUAAUUCUGAGUGGUUACUCACUUGGUCCAUAUUGACCUGUCCAACACAUACCAGCAUGGGAAGUGGAUAUAGAACAACAAUGAUAUUUAUCGAUAAAUAUGUGAGAGAACCUCCCAAAACUAGACGCCAAAUUUUAAAACAUUAUCUGAGCCUAAUUAGGUUACCUAUGAAGAAAAACCGAACAAUACCAAAGAAAGCAAUUUCCACAGACUGUGAAUCCACAAAUGAAAGAAAACCUUCAAUAACAAAACUAAGAGAUAAAAAAGCCAAAGAUAAAAAAUCUACAAUUGAGCAAAACAAACGUGUAUUGCCAUCAUCAGCUGCCACACAUGAUAUCUUGUGUGUACGGAUAGAUGACUAUGAUCUGUUGUCGGUCAGCAUCCAGUGGCACUUGGAACAUCCACUGCAGAAGAUACUGAUAGCUUUAAUGAUGGAAUGUACACAAGGAAUAAAUGAUGUAAGACUUG